AUGUGUAUAAAGAACAAUAACACAUUUUGGUCUGUGAGUGGUGCAAUGUCUUGUGCCACUGUGGACACCACGUGGCUCACAGUUCAGGCCAACCGUCAAGGUUCUGUGGGUUCUAUAUGUGACAGUGAACUUAACUGUUGCCAGGUGUUUGACAAUACGCUUCUGUUCAUUAUCUUCGAUCUCCAGCAUUUCAUCUCUUCGUACCACCAACUCCGUCUGUCUACUCGCUCUGUCUCGUCACCGCCGUCCGUCUCAUCGCCGCCGUCCGUCUCCGUCCGUCUCUCCUCCGUCCGUCUCCAGCCGUCGUGGCCGUUACCUCUCUUCUCCGGCAUCACUGUUUUCAGUUCCUCCGUCCUCCGUCCUCCGUCUCCGCCGCCGUUUCCGCCUCCGUUCGCCGUUUCCGCCUCCGUCUGUUCUCCGUUCUCCCUCCGUUCUCCCUGCAUCCCUUUAGGUUCAAUGGCUUCAGAUAAAGAUGCUCCACCUGCAAACUCACAAGAAAACUCACAAGAAAGAGAUGCUCCGGAUACAAAUGCUCCACCUGAUACUGAAGCAAAAUAAGUUGCACGAGGCAUCACGAUUAUGAAGGGAAUCAUACGACAUAGAGACCAAGGAUUAGUAUACCCUUUGGAAUGGAAUUCUGAAAACCAACCAAUUGGUCCUAAUUCUGCAAAGUUGACAAGUUACAUUGGUACACUUGUUCGUAUGCAUAUUCCAAUCUCCGUAGCUAAAUGGAAUAUGAAGAGUGACGACUUGGAUAAUAAAAAAAAGGCG